UGUGUGCCUGCGGGAGAACAUAGCAAUGGGGACGCGCUUGCUGCUUUUCUUGCCAUGGCUGCUGCUGCUGCUGCUGCUUCCAUCACAUGCUGUGACAGCGUUCCGGUUCACAGUGGAUGACUUCCCUCACGAUUUUACCUUUGGAGCUGGGACUGCGGCUUUUCAGUACGAGGGUGCAGUAGCUGAGGACGGGAGGAGCCCAAGCAUUUGGAAUACCUUUGCUCAUUCAGCAAGGAAUCCAAAUGAGCACAGUGGUGAUAUUGCUUGUGAUGGCUAUCACAAGUAUAAGGAAGAUGUAAAACUAAUAAAAGACAUAGGUCUGACGGCUUACAGGUUCAGCAUAUCUUGGUCAAGACUUAUUCCUGAUGGGAGAGGAGCGAUUAAUCCAAAGGGGCUGCAGUUCUACAACGAUAUGAUAAAUGAACUAGUGAAACAGGGUAUUCAGAUACAUGCUGUCAUUUACCAUCUAGACCUCCCACAAAUUCUCGAAGAUGAGUAUGGUGGAUGGUUGAGCCCCAGAAUUGUAGAUGACUUCACAGCAUAUGCUGAUGUGUGUUUUCGCGAGUUUGGCGAUAGGGUUGCGCACUGGACAACUAUCCUGGAACCCAACAUCAUUGCUCAAGGUUCUUAUGACAAAGGAAUUGCGGCCCCUGGACAUUGUUCGUUUCCAUUUGGCCGUGAUUGUACGGUUGGCAACUCCUCUGUGGAGCCUUACUUGUAUCUACACUACAGUCUAUUAGCUCACUCAUCUGUCGUUGGGCUUUACCGGGAGAAGUAUCAAGUGGUGCAGAAGGGCGUUGUGGGCAUAAAUCUGUACUCCUUGUGCAUUUACGCAUUGACAGAUUCAGCUGAAGAUAUUCAGGCAACUGAAAGAGCCAAUGACUUCUUGUUUGGUAGCAUCUUGCACCCUUUCUUGUUUGGAGACUACCCUGAGAGCAUGAAGAAGGCCGCUGGUGUUCGCCUUCCAUCCUUCUCCAGUUACGAAUCCAAGCUUGUUACCGGUGCAUUUGACUUCGUUGGACUGAAUCACUACAGCUCGAUAUACGCGAGCAACAAUCCUGAUGCAUCAAAUAUGCCCGUGAGAGACCAAGCAGCUGACGUUGGAGCUUUGUUCAGAGAAACCAGGGAUGGGCAAACUGUCACGCAGUAUCCAGCAGGCAGAAUGGUUGAUCCUCAAGGACUAGAGCAAGUACUCAAAUAUAUCCGUGAAAAGUAUGGAAAUAUCGGAAUUUAUAUCCAGGAAAACGGGCGUGGACAAAUUGAUGACGACGACGACGACCUGAUGGAUGUAGAAAGGAUUGACUACCUGAAGAAAUACAUUACAGCCACACUGAAAGCCAUCAGGGAUGGAGCCAGUGUCAAAGGAUACUCUGUAUGGGCAUUGAUGGAUAUGUAUGAGAUAUUCGGGGGUUACAAGGCGCAUUUCGGCCUUAUCCGCGUCGAUUUCAGGAACCCGAGACGUCAGAGGCAGCCCCGGCUUUCUGCGCACUGGUACUCAAACUUCUUGAAGAAUAAUGCUACGAUUCAGGUGGAGAGUGGUGCAGCGACUGCUACUUCUCAUGCACAAAUUUAAACUCCCCAUCCAAAGAAUGCCAUGUUAUAUAUGCAUGAGAGCCGCACUCUGAACAUAAAUCAUUGAAAGGGCAGAUUUUCCUGAGAUUUUCAGCGUGGUGUUUGGUAUGUGGAGCAUGCCGUAUGGUUUGUGAAUUAUCUUAUUGCUAUUACUAAUAACAAACUAUUUUUAAAGCCUU